GUCGGCAAGUGAACCAGCCGUAGUGGCGCGAUUGCAACUCACCGACUCUCGCAUACUUUAAUUGAUCCUUUGCUUUGGCGCUCGACGCUUUCCCUUCCCCUUCACGUCGUGCUUGAGACUUGACCACUCCACUGCCCAAGGACGCUCGGCGUCUUAUCCUCUUUUUUCCUCUCCACGGCUCGCUCAUUCAGUCCAUCGACCAUACGCCCCACUCCCGCUGUCGAUUGGCCGCGUGGUUGGCCUCCUGUCGGAUCCGCGCUUUGGCAGACCCUGGGCUGGAUCACCUAUCACGUCUGAUUGCUACUUUUUUUUCUUCCCAUCCGCAAAGCCAUGGUUGUCAACGCGAGUUAUGCGUCGCCCACGGCCGACGCGAACUACGCUCUGCACGUCGUGUCCUACGAUGGCGUUUUGGCCAGGCUGACGCAGGGUUGGUCGAUCUGGUCUGUCCUGUUGACCUUGUUCAUCGGCUUGGUGGUGUACGAUCAAUGCAGCUAUGUGUACCAGAAGGGAUCGAUUGCUGGACCCAUGUUCAAGCUUCCCUUCAUGGGCCCCUUUCUGGAGUCCAUGAAUCCAAAAUUCGAGCAGUACUACGCGAAAUGGAUGAGCGGUCCACUCAGCUGUGUGUCGGUAUUUCACAAAUUCGUCGUCAUUGCCUCCACUCGCGACAUGGCCCGUAAGGUGUUCAACUCGCCAACCUACGUGAAGCCCUGCGUCGUCGACGCGGCCUUCAAGCUUCUUCGACCGGAGAACUGGGUCUUCUUGGAUGGAAAGGCGCACGUGGACUACCGGAAGGGCCUCAACGGUCUUUUCAGCCGUCAAGCGUUGGAGUCAUAUCUGCCUGGGCAGGAGGAGGUCUACAACAAGUACAUCCAGAUGUUCUUGGACAUAACCAAGGAGAACGAUGGCAAACACGUCCCUUUCAUGCCAGUGUUCCGCGAGCUUCAGUGCGCCGUCGCAUGCCGUACCUUUGUCGGUCACUACAUCUCCGACGAGACAGUAAAGAAGAUUGCCCAUGAUUAUUACCUGAUCACGGCUGCGCUUGAGUUGGUCAACUUCCCCAUCAUCCUCCCAUUCACCAAGUCGUGGUACGGUAAGAAGGCCGCGGACAUGGUAUUGGACGAGUUCUCCAAGUGUGCCGCAAAGAGCAAGGUGCGUAUGCAAGCCGGUGGCGAGCCUACCUGCAUCAUGGAUCGCUGGGUCAAGCACAUGAUCGAUUCGGAGAAUUACAGGAACAGGGUCGCAAAAGGUGAGGACGUGCCGCAGGAGGAGAAGCCCGACAUGCUCAUCCGCUGGUUCACCGAUCUCGAGAUCUCAAUGACGCUCUUCACUUUCUUGUUCGCUUCUCAGGACGCGACUAGCAGUGCUUGUACUUGGAUGUUCCAGAUCAUGGCCGAUAAUCCAGACAUGCUUGACAAGGUCCGAGAGGAAAAUUUGAGAGUACGAGGCGGUGAUCGUAACAAGCCAUUUACUCUUGAGAUGCUCGAACAGAUGACCUACACUCGUGCAAUCGUCAAGGAGACUCUGCGAUACCGCCCACCCGUCCUCAUGGUUCCAUACAUCGCAAAGAAGGCCUUCCCCAUCACCGACACGUACACCGCGCCCAAGGGUGCCAUGGUCAUUCCCACGACCUAUCCUGCCCUGCACGACCCCGAAGCGUAUCCCAACCCGGACACUUUCGACCCGGAUCGAUGGAUCACCGGUGAUGCGGAGAAGCAGGUCAAGAAUUGGCUGGUAUUUGGCACUGGGCCACACUACUGCCUGGGCCAGACCUACGCUCAAUUGAAUCUUCAGGCCAUGAUCGGCAAGGCCAGCAUGUUCGUGGACUGGGAUCACAAAGUCACGCCAAAGUCUGAGCUCAUUGAGGUUUUCGCCACGAUCUUCCCUCAGGAUCAUUGCUUGCUCACGUUCAAGCCGCGGGAAGAGUGAGUGUUUUGGAAGGGGUUGUGUCGAACCUCGAAAUUCUGAUUCAUCAUGCAUCCAAGCAGUUGGAGACGGCAGCAUUUGUUCACGAAAGCGUCCCUUCUUAAGCGACUCUGCAGUCAAAUGCGCGUGCGAGCGAUGUCGAAUGCCCGUUAUUUUAGCGCGUCGUAUUGGGUUUUCCACAGAUCCCAUAGACUUUACUCUAGUAUUUUACGAUUUGGCAUAGUUGCCUGUUGUAUAUAGCAGAUGCUCGUUGGAGCACUAAUUAAUAAUUGCCGAUUAGGAUUUCCAGAAAAACAGAUCUUCUUUGCGCGUUAAAAUUGGCGUAUUAG